AGCACUUGAUAGCGAAUAUUGACCUGGGCGGCCCAGACGGGUUAGGAACCGCCGCACUUUACUGUUAGCAAUGCUGCGCUGCAGCGCGCGCCGGCUGGCAGCGUCUCGCACCGGCACGCGUCGUCGAUUAGGUAUUGCUCUGCGACCACCGCUGCGACUCGCGCUGACGCCGGCGCGGCGCCGUCCGCAUCGCUGCUUUCCAGCCCUUGGACAGCUCCUGCAGCACCGCUGCCACGCCACGCUGCGCACAGAUGACGAAUCGCAGCACCUCAUCUACGAGAGCGACCAGUCGUUCAAGUUCAAGGCGCUGUCGGCCUUCGGCGGCGUUUACGCGACGUGCUGGCUCGGCUACGUGGCCGCGGACGCAUUCAUCAUCGACCCGACGGGCGCCAUCGCCUCGAACAGCGGCAUCGUGGGCUUCAUCGGCGUCUCGAGCGUCGCGUGCGGGGCGUUCGUCGUGCGCACGCUCGCCGCGAAGACCGUGGGCCGCCUCGUCAUCGACUCCGCGGCGCCGGCGGCGCCCACGCUGCGGGUGACGACCUACGGUCCGGCCGGCGGCGAGCGCGUCGACGAGGCGCCGCUCGUCGACAUCAUCCCGCGGUCGGCGCCGAGCGACACGUCGCGCCUGAAGACGUUCUGCCUGCCGGACGACGAGACGCGGGCGUACCUGGUUCUCGUCGAUCCUGGAUCGGUCAAGGACCCAGAGUCCUUUAGCCGAGUCGUCUCCGGCGUCGCGCCCGCCGGCGAGGGCGACGACCGGCAGAUACGGCGGCGGCGGCGGCGGCGGAAGCGGAGGGGUUGAGUGAGUAGGUUGUUCUGUAUUUAGCACUGUCCUCUUCGCCGUUCGCCGUCCUCGCAGGGUCCAAACAAAACAGGUUUUUGACCUUGAUUUGACUGGAGUCGUUUGCUGAGUAUUGACGCGGCAAGCGUUGAUUAAUGGUCCUUGUCGCGGGCCUCGACCGUCUUGAGGGCACGAAAGUCGGCCCCUGGCUCACGGACGCCGAGUGGCAAGACCACACAAGAGAGUUGAGGGAGCGCUUUGAAGCGCGGAGCGACACGAGCGUCGCCUUCCAGGACUUUUGCCGCGAGUACGCCGAGGGCCGCAAAACAACGGCGGCGAUGCGCCGCGCGCGAGCGCCGAAGAGUCGCGACGCCGCGCCGCUGUUCACGGAGACAACGAGUUCGCGACGGCGGUGAGGCCUGUGUGGAGAUCAAAUUUCAGGCACCCCACCGUUCCCAUGACGGCCUAACAUAACUCACUGAUUGAUUUCCACACAGGCGGAGGCGACGUCCGCGGCGGAAUCCUGCGACGGGAUAACGCUCGACGGGCGCGAGCUCCGGGUCCGCGUGGACAAGGGCCAGAAGUCCGCUCGGCCCCGGAAAGCUCGCGCCCGCGGCCCGCCGGCGGGCAAGACUGUAGACCCCACGAAAAUUUUUGUGACGAACCUCCCCGACGCGGGGCAGGGGGACUACCUCCUGCGCGAGCAUUGCUCGUCCGUCGGCGAGGUCGCGUCUGUGGAGCUCCUCAUGCGUGGAUACAAUGGAACGGUACCCACGGGCUCGGCGGUCGUCCAAUUCUACUCAGCAGCUUCUGCGACCGCCGCAAUCCAAGACCUCAAUGGCACCGAGCUGGACGGGCGCAGACUCUACGUGCGCGCCUACUUCACGUGA